AUGGAUGACCAGAUUGUAGUCCUUAUACCUCUCAGAUGGUAUCUCAAACACCAUAUCAGUAAUCAAGGCAUCACUGUCCAUCCACCAUAUCCACUCGACCUCAGGCAUCAGGCGGCGUAUCAAGGGAAGCUUGGCCCAGUCACCGGCCAUCUCCUUAUCCAUAUGGGCCGUGUUGUAAACAAUCUCAAUCCCAUGGAUCCUGCAGUAAUCGAUCUUGUUCUUCACGGCCUUCAGCAAAUAGUGAUCCCCAAUCGCGUUGUCGCACGGGCCGGGCGGCGAGCUCGUCACCAGCAUGAUUCUGGGUUUGCCGUUGACGUAAUUUGGGAAUUGGGGGUUUUUCUCGAGCCAUACCUUGCGAUCGUCGUCCCACGAGCUGAUCUUCGGGCCAAGGCUGAAGGUGGCGGCGUUAGGGACGAGGAGGUCGUCGGGUGGGGCGUACGGGUCGGCCGAGUCCUUGUCGGAUCGGAUCUCGUCGAGGACCCGGUUCGUCUCUUCGAUGAGCGGAGGCCGAGCUUUCCGAGCCCAUCGGCCGCUGAAAACGGGUCUUGCGAGAAAGCUAGAAAAAGGGUUUCAGGCUAUCCGUUCAGUGUUCGUUUCCAGCUGGGUAAAGUCACCAUUAAUGGACUCAGCACGGUUUCACUGUAUUUAUUUUCAGAGAAUAAUUGUUCAAGUGUGGGCAAGAGGAAGAAGCGACUUAGAUUAAAGUUCGUCAACACUUCUGAAAUACAGACAUUUGGUUCAAUUUUGGCGUAA